AUGUCCGUCAACCCUCUCCCUUCUCGACCUUCCUCGACGCUCCGUCGGAAUAGCAGCUCCCUCCUAGCCAAAUUCCGCUCCCAACUCGGCCCUCGAAAUCGCAGCAUCACCGACUUCUACAUUGAGCCUGACGAUCCCUGGCGUUCCUACUUUCCAGGUGACACCAUCACCGGCACAGUCGUGCUAACCGUUGUUCGCCCCGUUCGCAUCACACAUCUCGUCGUUUGUCUGCAUGGCUAUGUCAAGGUUUACAAAAACACCGUCCCAACGGGGGAGUCAUCACCAGAGUUGGGCUUUCUGGGUCCCGGACGCGGGCGUCGAGGGGCGGAAUACUUGGGAAAUGGCUUGUCAACCUUGUUUGAGGAUGAGGUCGUCCUGUGCGGGGAGGGUCGUCUCAAGGAGGGUGUCUACAAGUUCCGCUUCGAGAUGUCGUUCCCACCGUAUGCGCUACCCAGCAGCAUCAAUUUCGAACGAGGGACCAUCUCCUACAUGCUUACGUCCACCCUAACCAAGCCGACCACGAUUAAUCCGACCUCCACCUGCCGACGACGCGUCACUGUGUUGGAAAACAUUGAUAUUGCCCCCUUUCCUCGCCCCAAACCUCGAAUUGUCACCCUCGAGCCAGUCUCCCGACGCGCCAAGUCCAAAGCGAAGGCCAAGUCAGCAGGAUCUGACGCGCCCGAUACGCAAUCGCUCGAUCCCCCAGAAAAUGGCGAGAGCUCGACCGACAAUCGCCCGCCGCUCAGUCCGGCACCCAGCAACGUUAGCUCCUCCAGUCGACCGAGCAACAGCAGCCAGAGCUUUCGAGUUCCCAGCGAUCCAAGCUCGUCGACCAGCACCGGAAUGCGCAAUAGUGAGGCGCGGAGCAUCACCCCAUCGGUGACGGAUGGUAUAAUCACCGCCAAGGCCGAAGUUUUGCGCGCGGGCGUGCUGCCAGGAGAUACAUUACCUAUCAUGGUCACCAUCAACCAUUGCAAACAAGUGCGCAGCGCGCAUGGUAUAAUCGUAACCCUUUACCGUCAGGGACGGAUCGAUUUGCAUCCGGCGAUUCCUAUGGGCAAACCGGACGGAAAGAAACCCGUCUAUGAGGACUACUAUCCACGCUCUCGGACGGGCCUGGGUGGUCUAACCCUUGGCUCUAGUCGCACCACGGGGGUCUUUCGCAAAGAUUUGACGCAGACCUUUGCACCUCUUAUAGUGGAUCCGGUGACCAUGACGGCCAUCAUCAAGACCUCGAUCCGUGUACCCGAAGAUACCUUUCCCACCAUCACGCGUACCCCAGGAAGCAUGAUCAAUUUCCGAUACUAUGUCGAGGUUGUGGUCGAUCUUCGGGGGAAGCUCACUUCUCCCGAUCGGUUUCUGCCGCGGUUCAAUAUGGUCACCUCGGGUGGUAAUUAUUCGCCCAGUGGACAAGUGCUGAACCCGGCCGAUGUCAACAACAGUGCAAUCACAGCCAACUGGUCGGGUAAUAUCCUCGACACGGACCAAAUUCGGCGCGAGAAAGGUGUUGUGGCAGUCGUGUUUGAGGUCGUGAUUGGCACGCGAGAUUCGCAGCGGGGAGUCAAACCGGCGGAAUCUGCGCCGUCAGUGGCGCCAGGACCAGAUGAGCCUUCGCAGGGCAGUUCCAUCACUGAGCGAGAAGUAUGGCCAAAUGAGCCGAAUUAUUCGCAGCCCAACGGUGAGACGGAGUAUCGCGAAGAUCAGGCGUACCCUCAAGAUUCGUCAAAUUGGCCUGAGUAUCCGGGACCAGGAUAUGGGGAUGAGCUGCAGUCGUAUCAAUCGCUCGGCGAGAUGGCGUUCACCCCUCUUUCGGAAGAGCCGAUGGAUGAAAAGACACGGUUACAGCGUGCUGAGCAGAUGCUUCUCCCUAGUCAGCCUCUUGAGGAUGACCCAGGAGUCGGAUCGUCGGACAUGGCCAUGCCUACGGCUCCAGUGCUGCCGGAAGACGACCACCUCCAGGAUUACCAUCAUCUGCCUUCACCAAUCGAGAAUCCCACCCCGCGCCCGGCCAUCUCCGCUGAGUCAAUGCAGACGGUAGUGCCUGGCAGUAGCGCCAUGGCUGCCAACGAGGCGGCGCAGACGGGAGAUGAUAAACAAGAGCUGGAGCGACGGCGACUGAUGGCGCAGGCCAGUGCGCCCGAGGACAUGGAUGGAGCACCAGCUGAGUCGGGUGACGCACCCACGGCGCCGGUUUUUCAUGACGGGGAAGAAGACCAUCACUUGGUGGGUGGCAUGGCGCAUGGCGACGAGUCAUUACCGCGGUAUCAGCGAUGA